AUGGCUUCCCUUUUCCCAAGAAGAGGUGAACGGUGGAGUCCAGUUUCAGAGUUGAGACAACUGUUCAGUGAAAGCCGCGUGAAAUUUAUGAAAGAACAAUUUGCUAAAGCCAACAAUCAUAAUGUUACAUCUUUCGACCAAUUCAACCGCACCUUCAAUGUCAAAGAAACAAUUGACCAUAAUGAAGGCCUCCUGAGACAAGAGUACAGGGUUCUGCUAGAAAAAUGGUGGUGCGACUACAAAAAGUUUCAAGCCUUUCGCAUGCCUUGCUCCCAUGUCAUAGCAACAUGUUCAUACGCGUACCGAUAUGUCUUAACACUCUUAUCUCUCAUUUACAAGACCGACACCUUGCUUGGAGUAUACAACAAUGCAUUUCUAGUGAUGGCAAAGGAGGAUUACUGGCCUUCGUAUAAGGGGGAAGUAGUUUGGCAUAAUGACAUGAUGCAAAGAAAGAAAAAGGGUCUACCUAACAACACACGUAUUAGAACCGAUAUGGAUGAUCAAGAAAAUAUGAAAAGAAAGUGUAUCAUAUGUCAUCAAGUCGGGCACAAUAGAAAUAAUUGUCCUAAUCGUGGAGCAACCUCCACCAACCAAUAA